CCCGGGCAGCGGCGGCGGCGGCGAUGCGCUCGGAGGCGGCGCGGGGCAGCGGCCCGGGGAAGGUGACGCCCGCCAUGAGCUCGUCGGCGCUGCUGGCUGAGGGCCCCCUCGACCCGCCGGUGCUGCUGAGCGACAUCAAGACGGAGCCCCCCGAGGAGCUGCUGGCCAGCGACUGCGGCCAGCCCCAGGCCGAGCCCGUCGAUCUCUCCCUCAACAAGUCCAAGGUGGCGGCGUCGGCCCGGCUCCGCCGCCCCCCCCCGCCGCCCCCCGCCUCAGUCCAGUCGUCUCCGUUGCUGGUGGCUCCCCCCAUCCCCGCGCCCGCCACCGUCUCCAUCUCCCCCUCGGGCCUCAGCUCCACCUCGGCCAUCCCUGCCGUGCUCUCGCCUGGCUCCAUCCUGGCCUCCACGCAGGGCAGCGGCGGGCAGCAGAUCCUCCACGUCAUCCACACCAUCCCCUCCGUCAACCUGCCCAGCAAGAUGGGCAACCUCCAGACCAUCCCCGUGGUGGUCCAGUCCCUCCCCGUCGUCUACACCACCAUGCCCACUGACGGCGUCACCGCCAUCACCGUGCCCCUCAUCGGGGGAGACGGCAAGAACGCCGGCUCCGCGUUUCUUUCCCGCCCCCCACCAGUGAAAAUCGAUCCGGGCUCCAUGUACCCCAUGGACAUGAACAGCGACAGCGAGGACAGCGCCUCGGAGAGCGGCCCGGCCCCUUUCCAGGACCUCCAGAGAGAGCCGGCGGCGCGGGGGCAACGAGCCGAUUCGCCCGACCUGAAGAAGCGGCGCAUCCACCAGUGCGACUUCGAGGGCUGCAAUAAGGUCUACACCAAAAGCUCCCACCUCAAAGCUCACCGGCGGAUACACACAGGUGAGAAGCCCUACAAAUGCACGUGGGAAGGCUGCACCUGGAAGUUCGCCCGCUCCGACGAGCUGACCCGGCACUUCCGCAAGCACACGGGCAUCAAACCCUUCCGCUGCUCGGACUGUGACCGCAGCUUCUCCCGCUCCGACCACCUGGCCCUGCACCGCCGGCGGCACAUCAUGAUGUGAGGAGCCGCGGGGCGCCCGGCUGGGACAGGGGAUGGCGGCGGAACGCGGGGGCACGUCCCCCCUCCGCUCCCCCACACGCAGUGGCGGGACUGUGGCAGCGGAGAGGCCGAGCUCUGCCCGGCUGGGAGGGAACUGCGGCUGCUGCAGGAGCCCCGCCAACACGAGGUGUAAAAAGCUGGUUUCCAGACUGAGCCUCCUCCUCUCUCGCUCCCGUUUCUUCUUUUUCCCGGGCUUCUCCCCGCUGGCAGCGUCCGGAGGCUCCUCCUUGUCUCCUCACCUGGGAUUCGCUCAGCAGCAGCCUCCAGACCCACGCCUCUGCCUCGUCAGCAUCUUGCCCUUUGCCGUGCCGUGUGCUCGCUGUCCCUUUGCCCCCUGCCGGUCCCCGUGGGCAGAGCGGGGAGCCGUGGCAAGGACAGAGGGGGGGUCUCUGCCACCGCCCCCACGCAAUAGCUGUCAGCUUCUCCUCUCCAGAAAGCUGCCGCCUCUCUCGCCUCCAGCUGCGUGUCCCUGACCCUGUGAGAGAAAGGGCCCUGGCAUGUCACCCCUCUGCUCGUGGCGUGCUGGGGGCAUGCAGGAGGGCCAGGAGGAAAAGAGCAAGAAGGGAUGGGAGGGGAAACCUGCAACAGCCCAUCGGCAACCCCCGAACAAGCCCACCACCACCACCACGAAGAAGGGAAACUUUGCGGAACGUGGAACUGUGAUUUUAUGGAGUU